AUGGCUGCCGGCGUUGAGAGUGAUCGGUAUUCUCCUACCAAGGAGGAGGAGGGCAUUGCUACCAACAGCGAUGGCCCCGUCAACGACACUUCUGUUCCCUAUGUCUCUGAGGAGACGGAGAACCGUAUCUUGAAGAAGCUUGAUCGACGCAUCAUUCCCAUGGUUUGCUGGAUCUAUCUCAUGAACUUUAUGGAUCGAGUCGGUAUCGGCAAUGCUCGUCUCUACGGUAUGGAAGACGAGCUCAACUUGGGGAACAACCAGUACCAACUUGCCGUGUCGAUUCUCUUCGUCACCUAUUGUUUGUUCGAAACUCCCUCCAACCUGAUCAUCAAGAAGAUGCAGCCCGCCCGAUACAUCGCCGGUCUCUGUUUCUUCUGGGGUAUCGUCGCUUGCUUCACUGGAUUCGUCACCAACCUUGGCUCUUUGAUCGCCUGCCGUCUUCUCCUCGGUACCUUUGAGGCUGGACUCUUCCCUGGUAUCAUGCUUUACCUCACCACUUUCUACCACAAGAAGCACAUCUCGCUCCGCAAUGCCUAUUUCUACUCCAUCUCUGCCAUUUCUGGUGCCGUUGGUGGUCUAGUCGCCCUUGGUAUCGGAGAGUUGGACAACUGGGACUGUGACAAAUGUGGUGCUGGUGGCUGGAGAGCUUGGCGAUGGAUUAUCACCAUCAACGGAAUCCCCACCGUCCUGACUGCUUUCGCUGUGCCUUUUGUUCUCCCCAACACCCCCAGUACAGCCAAGUGUCUCACCCCCGAGGACCGUCAGGCUCUUCUCGAUCUCCGAAGCGCCGAGAUUGGUCAGACGACAUCCGGUCAAGAGAUGCACAAGGAGGAUGUCAUUGCUGCUAUCAAGGACUGGAAGAUCUGGGCCCUUUCCAUUGCCCAGUACUGCAGUCACUCAGUCCUCUACAGUUUCAGUGUCUUCUUGCCCACUAUCAUUAGGGAGAUGGGCGACUGGUCCCCCAAGCAAAUUCAGGGUCUCACCGUCCCUGUCUAUGUCGUUGGCUUUGCUACCUACCUGAUCUGCGCGAGAAUCAGCGAUCGCACCCAACAACGAGGACUCUUCUGCAUUGGUGGUGGACUUGUCAUGAUGCUCGGCUACAUCCUCCUCAUUGCCAACUACAACCAAGCCAUGAGUUUCGCUGGCUGCUUCAUCGUCGCCAUUGGACUCUGGACUGGCUCGGGUUCAGGUAUGGCCUGGAUCACCGUCAACCAGCCCCGAUACGGCAAGCGUGCUUUCGCCAGUGGUAUCUUCAUCACCAUCGGAAACUCCGCCGGUGUCGCCGCCCCCUUCCUCUUCAGCAAGCAGGACGAGCCUCAUUACCGACCUGGAUACGCUGCCACCAUCGGUAUGCUGUUCCUUGCCGUCUGCAUUCACACCACUGUCUACCUUCACUUCCGACGUCUCAACAAGAGAAAGUUGUCUGGCCAGGAGGACUGGAGAAUGGAAGGCAAGACCGAGGAGGAGAUUGCCGAGAUGGGAGAGUACAACCCCCGCUACUUGUACACCCUGUAA